AUGGCACCCCCAAGCACCAGAAGUCUGCCCUCGCGGACCAACCCUCUCAUGGUUGAGGACAUUCCCGAGUGUAGGUUGCCGACACUUUUACGCGGUCACCACGAACUCGUCUCGCGACGACGCCUUGGCCAGACCAAGCUGACCCCGAAGAUGGUCGGCGGCGACGAGGCCGAGUCAGGCACCCUCGGUGCCUUUGAGUACGCCCACCUCCGAGCCCCCCUGCCCAAGGGCAUCGUGUCGGGCAUCUUCAAGUCGAGCCCGACCAGCUACUUUUUGAUGCGCCGGAGCUUUGACGGCUACGUCUCUGCCACCGGAAUGUUUAAAGCCACCUUUCCCUACGCCGAGGCCGCCGAGGAGGAGGCCGAGCGCAAGUACAUCAAGUCGCUGCCGACCACGAGCCCCGAGGAGACGGCCGGCAACAUCUGGAUCCCCCCGGAGCAGGCCCUCGCUCUCGCCGAGGAGUACAACAUUGACGUCUGGAUCCGCGCCCUGCUCGACACCGCCAAGAUCCCAGUGUCGACCGCGUCGGACUCGCCGCCCAAGAACGUCAGCGCACCCCCCAAGUUUGACGUCGCCAAGGCCCAGAAGCAGCAGCUGGCGCCGCCCACGCCCUCGUCCAUCCCGCGCAGCUCGCGCGCGCGCCGAUCCGCCAGCCCGACCAAGAGCACGAAGCGCGCCCCGGCCUCGCCUCGCAAGCGCAGCGCCAAGGCUAAGCUCGAAUCUGCCGAGGUCAAUGGCGAUGUCGCCAAGAAGGGCAAGCAGGAAGACAUUGUCUUGAAGACGUCGGCCUUUGAGCCCGCCGUUGUGUUGGAGCCCCGAGAAGAGGACCCCAAGGUCAAAGUCCACGUGGACGAGGAGGUCUCGACGGACGUCAACGGCGUGGAGACUAAGCACACCGUGACCGAGGUCGACAUUCCCCUGCCCACGGCAGGCGAGCCGCCGAAUGCGGAAGAAAUCGCCAAGAUGAUGGAGGCGGCCAAGGAGAUGGUCAAGAAGGACAGGGAAACCACCAGUGCUGAAGCCGAGGAGAAAAAGAACGACAAGAAGACCAAGCCUGAGUCGGCCAAGAAGAGCAAGCGGAAGGCGGUCGACAUUUCCGUCUCGGAGAAGAGCCCGGGCAAGAAGGCGGGCGACGCCGAGACCAAGGAGGACGCGCCGCGGGCAAAGAAGGCCAAGACGGCCGUGGAGGUGCAAAAGGACAGGGUCAAGAACAGGGCGCUCUUUGGCAUCGGAGCCACCGUCACGAGCCGGCGACUGGCCCGACGGAACGGACCAGAUGUCGACGCCUGCCGCCUUUGUGCAUAUCAUUUCUUGGUGUCAGUAAUUACCGCGCACGGAGAGGAGAAUACCCCCUUAGCCUCGAGCUCUCCCGCCCAGCCGGGCGUUGGAUAUAAUGGCCGUCCUGCUUGGCUCGGCUCGGCCGUCGGCCAACCUGGCUGCGAUGAGCUCGAGGCGCAAACUAUUUUGUCUGCCUGCUCUACACCCUUUUUUAUUAUAAGACUGAUAUUCCCCCCACAUUCGCUUUUUUCCCCAUUCCGCCCUUUCCCAGCCGCUCAUUUCGGGAGGGGAGGAACGGCCGCUCUGGCGGCGAGCGACGAAAAACAGUGUUGUGAGAUAUAG